GUUCGAUUUCAAAAACGUGUACAUAUUGGUGCUUCGAACUAAGCUGCAUGGGAUGCUGGGUAGCCAACGAACAUCUUGGCGCUUAGGACUCUUAAGUACCAAGUACGCACCAAAAGUUCCCAGCACGUUGUUCUCAGCCUUAAGUGUCUUGAUAGUACCCCAAAUGUAGAGGGAUGUAUCGUUUUACCAAGCGGCCUACUUUAGGUAAGAAUUUAGAAAUUACGAAUUUCUUGGUUGGGAAACAGUACCAUGUAGCGACCGGUUUGCCUUAUCUCUUCUUAGUAAGUGAAUACAUAGACUCAAUGGCUUCCUACCGGAAGAGAAGGAGAAAAUGUCUCGAGAGCUAUAAGCUCCGCCUCUAUUUUUAACCACACCUCAGACGCCCAUAAUGUCUAAUCCGGCCAAUGAGCCAAUCGCCAUCGUUGGAAGUGCCUGCCACUUUGCCGGAAACGUUAGCUCCCCAUCAACACUAUGGGACCUACUCAGCGAUCCCAAGGAUGUUCGUCAGGAGAUUCCAAACAGUCGGUUCAAUACCGAUAGCUUCUAUCACCGACGUCAUGAUCAACCUGGCCAUUCGAGCGUCAAGCACUCGUACUUACUGGAUGAGGAUGUGAGCGCUUUUGACGCUGAAUUUUUUAACAUCAAGCCCGUGGAGGCCAAGGCCAUUGAUCCACAGCAAAGAUGGCUGUUGGAAACAGUCUACGAGGGCCUUGAGGCUGCGGGCUUACCCGUCGAAAAGCUCAGGGGUAGCGACACAAGUGUGUACGUAGGAGUUAUGUGUAGCGAUUACGAAUCGAUAAAUCUCAGAGAUCUCCAAGCCAUACCCACAUAUUUGGCAACGGGGACGUCGAGGAGCAUCUUGGCAAAUCGUAUUUCGUAUGUCUUUGACUGGCAUGGCCCAUCAGUCACUGUCGAAACAGCGUGCUCUUCGAGUUUAGUCGGCCUUCAUAUGGCCGUACAAACUCUCCGAACAGGCGAUUCCAAAGUAGCAGUCGUGUGCGGAUCGAACCUCAUUCUUGGACCCGAAAAUUAUGUUGUCGAGAGUCAACUUAACAUGUUAUCGCCAGAUGGCGUGUGUAGAAUGUGGGAUCAGGAUGCUAAUGGAUACGCGCGAGGAGAUGGGGUUGCUGCCCUUGUUCUUAAAACCCUUAGUAGAGCAAUUGCUGACGGGGACCACAUCGAAUGUAUAAUCCGGGAAACCGGAGUGAACCAAGAUGGCGCUACACCUGGUAUUACGGUCCCUAGCGUGUCAGCCCAACGCGCCUUGAUCCGUCAUACAUAUGCCAAGGCAGGCCUCGAUCCUCUGAAUAAGCCGGAAGACAGGCCACAGUAUUUUGAAGCACAUGGGACCGGAACACCAGCAGGCGAUCCUAUAGAAGCUGAGGCAAUCUAUCGGGCUUUCUUCGCGGAUGAAAACCAUGAAAACGAACACCAAACCACUUCCCAUCCUCUACUCGUGGGCUCCAUAAAGACAGUAUUAGGACAUACCGAAGCAACAGCUGGACUGGCUGGUAUCCUCAAAGCGUCACUGGCGCUACAACACUCCUCUAUUCCACCAAAUCUUCAAUUCCGAAACCUUAGUCACCGUGUGGCCCCAUUCUACCACAAUAUUGAGAUAGUGCACGAUGCUGCGAAGGCCUGGCCCGUCCUUCGGGAUGCUGCACAGUGGCACAGACGGGCUAGUGUGAACAGCUUCGGGUUUGGCGGAACCAAUGCGCAUGCCAUCCUAGAGAAUUUUGUCGACUCGCAGAGGGUGGCUGCAGGUGGCGUUCUCUAUACCCCAUUCGUAUUCUCCGCCAGCUCCGAGUAUUCCUUGCGUGCUAGUCUUUCAGCUUAUAAAGACUUCUUGAAUCUCAAUCCAACGCUGAAUCCACAUGAUCUUGCUUGGACUCUCCGUUCGCGUAGGUCUGUCUUGGCACAUCGCGCGUGUUUUGCUGCGUCGUCUAUACAUGAGUUGAAAGACCAGCUGAAUGCCGCCUCGCAAGACAAAAACAAUACUAGUAUCGGAGUUAGGGUUAGUGGCAACUUCAGCAGUGAUCAUGUCCCGAACAGGCUUCUGGGCGUAUUUACAGGUCAGGGUGCACAAUUCGCACGGCUCGGAGCGGAGUUAUUAGAGCAGUCCAUAGCGGCAAGGCGCAUCCUAAAGGGGCUCGAGGCGCACCUUGCCGCCCUACCCGAAGAAGAUCGCCCCUCAUGGUCCUUAUCCGAUGAGUUACUCGCCUCUAGUGAUUCCUCCAGGAUAAACGAGGCUACCAUUUCACAACCACUAUGCACGGCAAUACAGAUCUUGCUAGUGGAUUUGCUGGCUCUCGCCGGCGUGCGGUUCGACGCCGUGGUCGGCCACUCGUCCGGCGAAAUCGGCGCAGCCUACGCUGCUGGUAUACUGUCGGCACGGGACGCUUUGCUGAUAGCCUACUUUCGAGGGGUGUACGCAGAGCGUGCCGCAAGUCCGAACGGUGACCAGAUCCGCGGUGCUAUGCUGGCCGUAGAAACCUCACUUGAAGAUGCAGAAGAAUUAUGUCGCGAUGCCCUGUUCGCUGGACGACUGGGUAUUGCAGCGUACAAUUCUCCUACGGGAGUAACUUUCUCGGGAGAUGAAGACGCUAUUGAUGAAUUGCAAGACUUGUUAGAGGACGAAAACAAAUUCCAUCGACGAUUGCGAGUCGACAAAGCCUACCAUUCCCGCCACAUGACCCCCUGUUGCGAGCCCUAUGUCGAAUCGCUACGACGGAAUGGCGUAAAAGCCCUGAAGCCGUUGCGACAGUCAGGAUCGCAACAGUGUCAAUGGUUUUCGAGCGUCUACAAUCGAGUCAUCGAUCCUGAAAAGGAUGACGAGCUUAGCGAUACAUACUGGAUCGAGAAUAUGACCCGACCAGUUUUAUUCACCCAAGCGCUCGAGACGGCGCUCCUCUCCGCGAAGCCUACCCAAUUUGACCUCAUUGUCGAAGUCGGUCCCCAUCCAGCACUACAAGGGCCAGCCGCCGCAACAAUCCAGAAGGCUUUGGGGAAGAAUAUUCCAUACCAUGGGACUUUAUCUCGAAAGGCUAGCGCCGUAACUGCCAUGUCCAGUUGCCUAGGUUUCUUAUGGCAAUACAGUCGUCGCUCUUCAUUCACCAAUCUUGACCUAGACAAUUACGAGCGGGCCAUGUCAACCUCCGAUGACACGCAACAAUUAAUACAAACAACCGGUGAGCCUAACUUCAAGCUCAUCGAAGGUCUACCACCGUACCGAUGGAACCACACGACCAAACACUGGGCCGAGUCGCGGAUCUCUCGAAGAAUGAGACUCCAUCAGGGACCUUUCCACCUAUUACUAGGCCAUGCGACACCCGACAGUAGCCCGCAUCACCUUCGUUGGCGCAAUAUUCUAAGCGCGGCUAUGGCCGGCAAAGAAGAUGACGAUGAGAAUGAUGAGCUCGCCUGGAUGGCAGGCCAUAGCGUCCAGGAUCAAACAGUCUUCCCGGCGGCGGGAUACGUGACGACUGCGGUAGAGGCGGCGAGAGCCUUGUCUUCGACCCCAGCCGGCAUUUCUAUCGUCGCCGCCCUGAAGAAGAAAGUAGGGGAAGCGAAGUAUCUUAUCGAGAUACGUGAUCUCGAAAUUCGUCAAGCCAUCGCCCUCAAGUCCAACAGCAGUGAAGACGGUAUCGAGGUGCUCAUCGAAUUGGCCGACAUUGCCCCUAUCCCUUCGCGAAAUAGUAUUCGCGCGCGAUUCACGUACUCGGCGGGUCUAGGGAAUAAUGACGAUUCGUUAACGCUGACUGCAAGCGCCAAUGUCGAGGUUGUAUUCACAGGAAAUAAACUGGGCGCCGAGCAAUUGCCAAUACGACCACCUAUCGCACCGCACAUGAUUGACGUCGACUCCGAUCGGUUUUAUACAUCGCUGGCGAAGUUAGGAUACAACUAUGCUGGAAAGUAUCGGUCGAUGAAAGAGCUGAAACGAAAACACGGUAGAUCGUCUUGCCAGAUUAAAUCAAACAACAGGAGGGGUGAAAAUGACGGAAGCACGUCCCUACUUGUGCACCCCGCUGACCUUGACGCUGCGUUCCAAUCUGUCUUGUUGGCUUACAGCUAUCCUGGAGAUGGACAGUUGGGUACACUGUAUUUCCCUUUGCGUAUCGAGUCGGUACGAGUAGAUCCAACAGUUUGCACACGCGAUGCGAAUACCACGAGCGAAUGCGACAGCCUCAGUUCUAUCGAUGCGGUUUUACAUCUUCCAAAUGCAAGAAAGAAAAUAAGAACUUCAGUACCCGUCCCGCGAGGUGGGUUCGUCGGCGAUGUCUCAAUCUUCCCCAAUGCUGCUUCCAAUGCAGCCAUCCAAGUCCAAGGCCUGCAAGUCGUGCCGUUCCGUGAUCGACCAGGCGAAGAUAAAGACCGCAAGAUCUUCACCAAGAUGCAUUGGGUCGAUACGACACCUGAUGGAUUGGCUGCCGCGGCCCGCGAUCACGAACUCGUUAUGUCUCUAGAAAAACGAGCCACGCUUACGGCGCUGAAGCGUCUCGCUCGAUUCUACUUACGUCAAUUCGAUGCCCAAGUACCUAUCUCGUCCCCUCAACGAUCGUUCUCCGAAAGCGGACACAACGCGUAUUAUCUAGAAUAUGCGCACCAAGUAGCAACAUCGCUCACAGAUGAGGAACUACGAGAUACAGAAGAGGAUGUUCAAAAGGCGGUCGAGACAAUAAAGGAGAUGCCUGAUGCGCGAGUAAUACAUCUCGUGGGUCAAACAAUGCCGCGCGUUUUCCGGGGUGAAACUACCAUGUUAGAGGCGUUGCGACAGACGGGUGUGCUGGAUGAGUACUAUCUGAACAGCUUUGCAAACGCGCCGUCUGGCCAUUGGCAGGCGAACAUAAUAUCUCAGAUUGCAAAUCGGAAUCCACACUUGAAUAUGCUUGAAGUUGGUGCCGGCACGGGUGGAACUACGAAGCCGAUCCUUCGUCUCCUUGGCAAUCGCUUCAAGAGUUAUACGUUCACUGAUGUGUCGGCUGGUUUCUUUGGUUCUGCGGCCGAAACUCUUUCUACAUAUAAAGAUCGGCUUAUUUUCAAGACACUAGAUGUAGAAAGCGACCCAACCAUUCAAGGGUUUUGUCCUGGUGGCUACGAUGUCAUCAUCGCCUCGUUUGUGCUACAUGCCACGGCCUCGCUAUCGCGAACAUUGGCACACGUGCGCUCGCUUCUCCGACCUGGUGGCUACCUUAUUGUUGGUGAAGGCACCGUUGAUAAUACAGUAUCGAGUUUCAUCUUCGGCCCGUUGACAGGUUGGUGGCUUGGACGCGGUGACGAAGGACGCACGAUGACACCGCACGUUUCGACAGAGCAAUGGGACCGGUUGCUUCGGAAAGCAGGUUUCUCAGGGAUUGACGCUACGCCUCCUGCUACCUGGGAGGACGCCUUGAACGUCAGCCUCUUUAUGUCGCAAGCUGUUGAUAACCAAAUAAGUUUCUUACGAGAACCCCUCACCUCCUCGGUGCCACCACCAAUGCCAAUGAUACAACUAGUGAUCGUUGGCGGCCAAACGCCUCAAGUCGCAGGUCUUGUCAAGGAUAUUAGAAGACUCCUCGAGCCAUUCUUCAGCAGAGUACAUCACUUCCCGUCGCUGGUGGAUGUGGACUAUGAUGGCGUUCUCGGCGACGAAACACGCCAACCCGCCGUGCUCAGCUUGACUGACCUUGAUAAGCCCGUAUUCCAAGACAUAACAGAAACAGAGUUCGUCGCUUUUCAGCGUAUGUUUCAGACUGGAAAAGCGCUUCUUUGGGUAACUAGCGGGAGGCGGCAUGAUGAACCGUACAGCAACAUGGUGGUAGGCUUCGGCCGGACGGCCGUGCACGAAAUCAAGGGCCUAUGCCUCCAACAUCUCGAUAUAAGAGAUCCCGCGAAAGAUGAUACAGCGCGUAAAAUUGCAGAGACACUUUUGCGCCUUGGAUCAAGGCCGAUUCCUGUCGAAGAAGAGCCAGAUGACAGUAUUUUGUGGACAGUUGAGCCUGAAAUCGUUGUAGAUGAAGACGGGCGUUAUCGUGUCGCACGCUUACAACCCCUUCGCGAGCCAAACGACCGAUAUAAUUCCGGUCGGCGAACAAUUACGCGAGAGGUGAACGUAACUGAGCGUGCUGUCGCGAUACAACGUGAUGACAAAGACAAUAUUACUAUCGAACGGCUUCCUCCUACGGUCACUAACCGAAGCGAAGAUUCCAGCAGUCUCGAGGGAACCCGUAUCAAAUUGUAUACAAGUUAUGCGACUCUGUCUGCAUUAUGGACUCCUCUUGGUCAUAAGUUCUUGGUUCAGGGAGUAGACGCCACGGGAGCAAAAUACUUGGCUCUUGCGCCUUCCCUGACGUCGAUUAUCAACCUCUCGGUGAAGAGUACUAUUCCGUUACCAGACACUGGACAUUCUGGAGCGAAGGCUUUAUCCUCGGUUGCUGCCCACUUGAUAGCAACGACUAUUAUUGAUUCUCUUUUCCAGGGCCAGACUAUAUUAGUACACAAUGCAGCAGAGAGUAUCGCCCAUGGGAUUACCUCUCACGCUGCCGAAAAGGGAGUAACGGUAGUAUUCGUCGCCGACGAGUAUAUCCCACAGCAUACAACAGACAUAACCGGCGCGAGUCCCCUCAUUCUACCCCCAUACCUCACUAGAGCCGAACUUUGGGAACUUCUUCCAAGCAUGGCCGAGACCUCCAGCUUUAUUAGUUUUACUCCAGAUGGUCAGCACUCCGAAACCCGUGGCGCAAUUAUCGCAGCCCUGCCACCUCGAUGUCGCAAAGGAACCCCCGAGAGCCUCUUUUCGAGCAUAGGAUACGAUAGCAACCUCACAUCAGACGGUGUAUUAACCAAACUUCUCAACGAAGCGGUAAGCUAUGCUCAAAGAGAAAGCGAUACUUACGUACACGAACCGAAUAUCAUAAGCCUAGGGGAUCUCGUUGAGAGAGAAGCCACAGCGAAUGAAGCUUCUAUUGAAAAUAGCGAAGAAAAGAAACAAUUUGACGCUCUGGCAGUUGUCGCCUUAACAGUUCCGGCUCCCCUUCCGGCCCGCAUUACGAGACUCGAUGCCGGGAGAACGAUGUUCAAGGCCAACAAGACCUACUGGAUGGUUGGUUUAACUGGCGCCUUAGGCGUCUCGCUCUGUGACUGGAUGAUUGGGGCGGGCGCUCGCCAUAUCGUAUUGAGUAGUCGAAGCCCUCAAAUCGAGUCGGCGUGGGUAGAGUCGCAUCGUCGUAGUGGCAUAGACGUGACCGUAAUCCCAUGUGACAUAACGAACUACGACAACCUAGCCGCCGUCCACGCAAGCCUACGCACCACCCAUCCACCGAUUGCCGGCGUCCUCAACGGCGCCAUGGUAUUACGCGACACAUCGGUCCAUACCAUGACAUAUACCCAUCUUGUCGAAGUCGUGCGCCCGAAAGUGCUGGGAAGUUUAAACCUCGACCGAUUAUUUUCCUCCGACAAACCGCCCCUCGAUUUCUUCAUACUCUUCUCUUCAAUCAAUUGCAUUAUUGGAAACCAAGGUCAAGCCAAUUAUGCAGCAGCUAAUGCAUUCCAAUGUGCACUAGCUGCAGCGCGAAGGCGCCGUGGACUCCCAGGAGUAGCAGUCAAUAUUGGUGCAAUUAUAGGGGCAGGCUAUAUCCAGCGGUCCUCUACACGCAUCCUGGACUUAACUGUCACACGAGGUGCUAUGAUGCAUCUGUCCGAGGAGGACUUCCAUCAACUUAUUGCUGAGGGAAUCGCGGCAGGGUACCCCAGCGAAGGCGAUGAGGAUGUUGGGGAUGACGAUGAUAGGACGCCCGAGCUCACGACAGGAUUGUUAGAAGUGCCUUACGACACGGCCGAAAGACCAUUUUGGUUUACAGAUCCGAAGUUUGCACACCUCAUCGUAGAGAAGAGUCAAAAUGCCGGCAAAGAAUUGGGCCUUACAUCAAGCAAUGGCGGUAAUGUGGAUGGAAAUGCAACAUCAGCACCAUUGUCAGUCAAGGAGCAACUUCAAUCGUGCCAGACAAAGCAAGAUGCAGAACGGAUUGUAGGACAAUCAUUUGCUGCCCAGCUACGCUCUCAAUUACAAAUGACAAUCGACGAUGAAGAAUUGAUGGGAAUGCGUAGUAACGAGAUCGGACUUGACUCUCUGGUCUCGGUCGAUAUUAGGAGUUGGUUCAUCAAGACAAUCGCCGUGAGCAUUCCUGUGCUUCGCAUUAUGAGCAACGAUACCAUGACGAACCUCGUACAACACGCUGUAGAGCUACUACCCCAAGAAGCAUUACCGCAAGCUUCCGUUUCCAAUGAAACGAAUGACGCUGCGCAAGAUGAAUCGACAUCAACUAGCCCCACGGACCCCUCCGCGAAUUCCACGUUAGAAUCGUCGACCAGCGCUUUGACUACCUCUGAUACUAGUCCCGUCUUAAUUGACUGGGACGCCGAAACAGCGCCUCCCGAUACUCCCGAUGAUGACAACUAUAGCAAAGUACUAUCAGACCUAACCCAAUCCCAAACCGCAAUUCAUCCGCCGCAGACUAUCGUCCUGACUGGCGUAACUGGCUUCCUUGGUCGACACAUCCUACAACAUGUCCUUCAAACCACACCUACCAUUACCAAGAUAAUAUGCAUAGCUGUACGCCAUCUCCCAGAACAACCAGCCGACCCCAAUGCCGACUCAAACCGCAUCACCUACUUCACCGGCGACCUCACGCUCCCCCGUCUAGGCCUCUCUCUCUCCGACAGCGUCUCCAUCUUCAGCACUGCAGACGCCGUAAUUCACGCCGGCGCCAGCACCUCGCACUUAAGCACAUACGCUUCCCUCCGAGCCGCUAACGUCGGCGCAACCUCCGAGCUCGCGCGUCUAUGUGUACCCCGGAAGAUCCCAAUACACUUCAUCUCAAGCGCGGGCGUAGGCCUAAUUCCCGGUAGUGAACCCGCGCUCCGACCCGCCAGAGCGCCUGGUACACCAUUAGCAGCUGUAAACGAAGCGGGCGAACGUGCGGGUGAUGUGCUAACGCAUGGUGGGUAUAUCGUAAGUAAAUGGGCAUGUGAACGACUCCUAGAACGUACAAACGAGGCGUACGGACUACCAGUUACAAUUUAUAGGCCAAGUACUAUUAUCCGCGAGGGCCGUGAUGCGGAAGGUGGGCGCGCGAGUUUGGAUUGGAUGACGGGUUUGGCGCGGUAUGUGCAUGUGCUAAAGGCUCUACCGGAGAUUAGGUAUGUGAAGGGUGUGUUGGAUAUGGUGUAUACGCGUAGUGUAUGUGAAGAUAUAAUACGCGGUGUGGCGAGGGAAGAGGCUGGGGUGUUGUAUGUGCACUCUGUGGGCGAUAUCGUGGUCCCGCUUGAUCGUAUGCAGGACUUGUUGAAGUUGGAUCCGAAGGCGUUUGCGGGUGAGCAAACUUCUGCGAAUCUGAAUGAGGUUGGUCAAGGAGGGGUUGCUGAUGAUAGUUGCGAAGUUCUACCUAUGGCUGAGUGGACCGCUAGGGCGAUUGCUAAGGGGCUUCAUCCCGCUGUCGCGGCGCUGAUUGAAGAGAUGGAUGGGCCGGGGAAGCCCAGCUUUCCGAAGCUAUUGAAAUCUUCUACGGUCGAAUAACCGGACGCAUAGGUGCCCCAGAGUAAUCGAAUUCAUUCUGAAUCAAAUACAUAUCUACGCUAACACAAUAGCUAAGCAGACACAUAUUAAGUACAUCAGAAUUUU